AUGAUAAAAUUGGAUUAUAUACCACUUUGUUGUGAAUGGAUAUAUUCUCCUGGUGAUGCAAUAUCUGCUGUAGCAGUUUCUGCUCAAGAAUCAAAUAAAAUUUUUAUUUAUGAUGGACAAGGAACUAGCACCCCAUUGCAUAUUUUUGAAAAAUUACAUACCAAGCCUGUAGUUGUCAUGAAAUACAAUUCUGCAUUUGAAACAUGCAUCUCUGUAGACAAAGCAGGUAUUUUGGAAUACUGGACAGGACCUAAAAUGGAGUAUAAAUUUCCUAAAUGUGUUACAUUUGAUUCCAAGUUGGACACAGACUUGUUUGAAUUUGCGAAAAAUAAAACUUAUCCAUGUGGAUUAGCGGUAUCACCAGAUGGUAGAAAAUUUGCUUCUCUCAGUGGUGAUAGGAAAGUUAGGGUGUUCAAUUUUCGUACUGGCAAAUUGUACAGAAUAUUUGAUGAAACGUUGCAAAGGUUUUCCGAAUUGCAACAAAUGACGCAACAAUUACCGAAUAUGGAAUUCGGGCGAAGAAUGGCAGUAGAAAGGGAACUAGAUAAAACAGAAACAAAUUUGGGAAAUAUCGUUUUUGAUGAAUCAGGUUAUAUAAUUUUAUAUAGCACAAUGUUAGGUGUGAAGGUCGUAAAUUUGUACACAAACCGAUGUAUUAGAAUUAUGGGAAAACCUGAAAAUAUUCGCCCUAUGCAAUUAGCUUUAUUUCAGGGGAAAGCCAGAAAGACUACAGCUGCUGUGACUGUGGAAAUGGAAGCUGCAGAAAACCCAACGUUAGAAAUGAAUCGUCCUGAUCCAACGCUUUUUUGUACAGCUUAUAAAAAGAAUAGAUUUUAUAUGUUCACAAGGAGGGAACCAGAGGAUACCAAAAGUCAAGAAUGUGACAGGGAUGUUUUCAAUGAAAGACCAUCAAAAGAGGAUAUUAUUUCCUCCACGGAAGCUACCAAUGUACAGAAGAUUUACGACACAGCGAUUAUUCAUACGGCUCUCGGAGAUAUUCAUUUAAAUCUUUUCGGGAAAGAUGUUCCGAGAACAGUGGAAAAUUUCUGUGUUCACUCGAAGAAUGGUUAUUACAACGGCCAUAUAUUCCAUAGAGUAAUUAAAGGAUUUAUGAUCCAAACUGGUGAUCCUACUGGAACUGGUACUGGCGGAGAAAGUAUAUGGGGAGGAGAAUUCGAGGACGAAUUUAGGCCACAUUUAAAACACGAUAGACCAUACACUUUAAGUAUGGCUAAUGCCGGAUCGAAUACGAACGGCAGUCAAUUUUUCAUUACUUUAACGCCAACUCCAUGGUUGGAUAAUAAACAUACUGUGUUCGGCAGAGUGGUAAAAGGAAUGGAGGUUGUGCAAAAUAUUAGUCAAGUGAAAACAAAUCCGAAAACCGACAAACCUUACGACGAUAUUCGAAUAGUCAGCGUCACUGUGAAAUAA